CCUCAUCCUCCCAUGAUGGCCAUGCUGAGCACGGAGAGUUUGGCGGGGCCCAGAGCCCUGGGAGAGGAAUCGCUGCAGAUGUGGGACCUCAACAAGCGCCUGGAGGCCUACCUGGCCCGCGUGAAGUUCCUGGAGGAGGAGAACGAGGUGCUGCGAGCUGAAAUCCAGAGCAGCAAGAGCGGCCGGGCGGGGGAAUCGCGGAGGGCCAAGUACGAGGAGGAGCUGCGAGCGCUGCGGGAUGCGCUGGAUGUCGCCUUCAGGGACAAAUGCACGGCCGAGCUGGCCAGGGACAACCUCUACGAGGAGGUGCAGCAGGUGAGAAGCAGGUGCCAGAAGGAGCAGGCAGCCCGAGAAGCAGCCAAGAAGGAGCUGUCCUUGAGCAGGAAGGAGCUGGAGGAGGAGAGGAGAGCGCAGAUCUGGCUCAAGGAGAGAGCCGCGCAGCUGGAGAAGGAGGUGGAAGCCCUGCUGGAGGUGCACGAGGAGGAGAAAGCGGGGCUGGACCAGGAGAUCGCCGCUUUCUCGCACAGCCUGGAGAGUUUCCGCUGCGCCCCCGUGGCUCUGCAGCCCGUGGAGGUGGAGGAUUACUCCAAGAGGCUCUCGGAGAUCUGGAAAGGGGCGGUGGAGACCUACAAGGCAGAGGUGGCUCAGCUGGAAGGUUCCCUUUGCCAGGCCAAGGAGAACCUGUGGAAGGCGGUGGAGGACAACCAGCAGAGCCAGCUGCAGCUGCAGCACCUGGAGAAGGACCUGGCGGGGCUCAAAGCUCGCAAGGAGAUGCUGGAGGAGAGCCUGGCCCGGCAGUGGCAGGAGCAGCGCGGGGAGGCGGAAAAGUUCCAGCUGGCCAUGGAGGCCCUGGAGCAGGAGCAGCAGAGCCUGCGGGUGCAGAUCGCGCGGGUGCUGGAGGACAGGCAGCAGCUGAUGCACCUCAAGAUGUCCCUGAGCCUGGAAGUGGCGACCUACAGGACGCUGCUGGAAGCCGAGAGCAGCCGCCUGCAGGUGCCCGCCGGGGAAUUCAGGGUGACAAACGGGCUGAGAGAUCUCAAACUGGAGCUGAGCAGCAGCAAAGCAUCAGCAGUGAGCCCUGAGGCCAGGCGUGUUCUGCCCUGCACCCCCUUCCCCAGGGUGACCAAACACCCCCAAAGUGCCACCCUGACACCCCAAAUCACCAGGGAGCUCCAGAAAAUCACCCCAGCCCUCCAUGGCAGUGCUGCCAGCAGGGUGAGGGGGCUGGGGGCUCUCACACCCAGCCCACCCCAGGCAGGCAGAGCCUCCCUUGCCCUCUCCCCCGAGCAGGAGAGCUCUGGGGUGGAAGGUCCAGCCUGGCCAGGAGCAGAUGAGGCAGCAAUGAGCCCAGGGAUGGAGUGUGCCCUGCCCAGAGCCUCUGGGGACAGUGGCAGUGCCAGCCUGCAGCCCCUGAGAGAUGCCCACAGGCUGCAGUACCCGGCCCAGCUGGUCAGCGAGGCGCUGGAGGAUGCCCUCAAGGAGAUGGGAGAUGAUGCUCAGCCCCAAGAGGAGCCCACACCCAGCUCCACGUGGGAUGUCCGUGCUCCCAGCCCUGUUUUCCCCACCCAGGCUGUGCCAGAGGGGCCUGGGGAAGGGCAGGAGGGAUCUGAGGAUGAGGAGAGAGCUGAGGAGGUGAUGCUCCAGGGGCUGGCUAAGGAGAGCAGCACCCUGCAGGACACAGCUCCAUCCCCACCAAGCGUGGACCCUCCCUUGGGGAGCCAGGAAGAUCUGGGAGCAUGGGAGGAAGAGGAAGAAGAGGAGGAGGUUCCUGCUGUGCUGAGCCCAAGGGAUGCAGAAAUGGAGGCCCAGGAAGGGGAUGAGGAUCUGCCUGGGCAGACAGGGAGCAGCUGGGAAAAGCCAGAGGAGCAAAGGACACAAACCCCCAGCACGGAGCCUUCACACCCCUCCGAGGAUGAGGAGGAGGACAAGGGAGAUCUCCAGCAGGAAGGAACAGAUGUGCAAGAGGAGGAAUGUCCCCACAGAGAAGUGGAGGCUGCUGGUGCUGUCCUCGUGCAAAGCCACCUGGCUCUGCCCACAGAAGGUCACCUGGAGCAGGACUUUGCUGAUGCAGGGCAGGAAAGGGCUGAGCAGCACAAAAUGCCCAGGUGUGAGGUGGACCUGGCUGCAGAGCAGGGAAGGGAGCAGGAGCUGUGCCCAGAGCAGGAGCCCUCGGGUGUCCCUGAGGCCAUCCCAGCUGAAGAACCUCCCACGGGAGCUGGAGGAGAUGCUGGGGCAGGGGAGGGGACAGGCAGAGGGGGAGAUGGGGAGGGGGAAAAGGGAGAGGCCAGCAGGGAGGUGCUGGGAGAGGAGGAUCACGAGGUGGGACAGGACCCCAUGGCAGGAGACGAUCUUGGGGCAGGGGAAGACCAUGGGGCAGGAGAAGUUCUUGGGGCAGAAGAUCUUAGUGCAGGAGAAGAUCUUGGGGCAAGAGAAGACCAUGGGGCAGGAGAAGGCUCCAAGGUAGGAGAAGGCUCUGAGGCAGGAGAAGAUCUUGGGAUAGGAGAAGACCAUGGGGCAGGAGAAGACCUUGGGGCAGGAGAGGUAGGUGAGACCCUGGAGGGGGACAGCAGAGCCCCAGAGGAGCCUGAGGAGCUGCAGGAAGGCGAGGAGGAGGAACAGGAGGAGCUGGAGCCAGGAGAGGAGCCCUGGGCACAGGAGGGUGACCAUGGCAGUGCCCAAGAGGACUGGCAGGUGACAGCAGGGGACACUGAGGGGGUGCUGGGGCCAGCCUGGGCAGGUGACACCCUGAGCAGUGCAGGAAGGCUGGAAAGGGAGCAGAGAGGUGGCACAGGGCCAGCAGAGCUGGAGGAGGCCCAAGAGGAUGACGAAGGAGAUGCCAGGAGCCAGGAGAUGAGGCAGCAGCUGGGCAGCGUGGCACAGCCUGAGCCAACCCCUCCAGGUGCCCCUGGGCACAGCCAGGAGCUGGCAGAGGCUCCAGGGGAGCUGGGGCAGGUGCCAGGUGCCAGCACUGAGUGGGCACUGAAGGAGACCCCCAGAGACACAGAGCUGGCAGAGCUGGAGAGCUCAGAGCUGGUGGCACCGGGGCAGGUGCCGGGUGAGAACAGCAAGUGGGCAUUGGACGAAGCCCCCAGAGACCCAGAGCUGGUGGCACUGGGGCAGGUGCCAGGUGCCAGCAGUGAGUGGGCAUUGGAGGAGACCCCAAGAGACACAGAGCCCCCAGAAUUGGAGAGCUCAGGGCUGGUGGCACUGGGGCAGGUGCCAGGUGAGAACAAUGAGUGGGCAUUAGAGGAGACCCCCAGAGACACAGAACCCACUGAGCUGGGGGAACUGGAGAGCCCAGAGCUGGUGGCACUGGGGCAGGUGCCAGGUGACAGUGCUGAGUGGGCAUUGGAGGAGGCCACCAGAGACACAGAACCCACAGAACCUGGGGAGCUGGGGCAGGUGCCAGGUGACAGUGCUGAGUGGGCACUGGAGGAGGCCACCAGAGACACAGAACCCACAGAACCUGGGGAGCUGGGGCAGGUGCCAGGUGCCAGUGCUGAAUGGGCACUGGAGAAGGCCACCAGAGACACAGAACCCACAGAGCUGGUGGCGCCAGGGCAGGUGCCAGGUGAGAACAAUGAGUGGGCAUUGGAGGAGACCCCCAAAGACACAGAGCCCUCAGAACUGGAGAGCUCAGGCCUGGUGGCACCGGGGCAGGUGCCAAGUGAGUGGGCACUGGAGGACACCCCAAGAACCCCAGAGCUGGCAGUGGGCACGGGCAGGAGGGUGGAGCUGGAGGACACCCUGCCCGACAGCACCCCCCUGCACCUCUACCAGCAGGAGAUGCUGAUGGGGACACCCAGCCCAGACCCUCCAGAGGGCGAGGACACCACGGGCACAGCUCCUGUGUGUGCCACAGCCCAGCAGGGCAAAGCGAGGGACCAGCCACCAACUGCCAGCGUGCCAGACAGCCCUGAAGAGGAAGAAGAGGAGGCUGAAGAAGAGGAAGGUUAUUUCAUGGUCUCUGCUCCCGGCCAAGAGCUGUCCAGCUCAGAGGAAGCUGAGAUCCCUGAGGACUUUGAAGAAAUUCAAGUGGACGCAGCUGAAGGCGGCCAAGAUGGUCUGGGGGCUCCUGGGGAAGCAUCUGCGGGGCCAGAGGAGGGCACAGAGCACCCAGAAGUUCUGGCUGCUGAAGCAGAUGAGGGUAUGGAGGUGCCCACUGAGGUGCCGGAGGAUGAGGAGGGCACUGCUGAGCUGGAGGAAGGCCCAGAAGAAGAUCCAAACUGUCUGGGGGUGGUGGAACCAUCAUCAGGAGGUUCUGGUGAGCCAGCCCAGGGUGCCACAGCAUGGCAGGGACCAGGGAACCCAGAAGAUCCAGAUGAGGAGCUCCACAGCACAGCUGAGCUGGAGGAAGGCCCAGAAGAAGACCCCAGCUCUGUGGGGGUGAUGGAACCAUCAUCAGGAGGUUCUGGUGAGCCAGCCCAGGGUGCCACAGGCUCUGCAGAAGAGCACCCAGAACUUCUGGCUGCUGAAGCAGAUGAGGACAUGGAGGUGCCCACUGAGGAACCUGAGGUGCCAAAUAAUGAAGAGGACACUGCUGAGCUGGAGGAAGGCCCAGAAGAAGACCUCAGCUGCCUUGGGGUGGUGGAACCACCAUCAGGAGGUUCUGGUGAGCCAGCCCAGGGUGCCACAGCAUGGCAGGGACCAGAGCACCCAGAAGAUCCAGAUGAGGAGCUCCACAGCACAGCUGAGCUGGAGGGGGAUGCCAGGACCCUGGGGCUGGCAGGGCAGGAGGAAGAGGAGGAGAAGGAAGAUGAGGAUGAGCCCAGCACGGCUCCCCAUGACCCAACCAAGGCCCCAGCAGAGCUCCAGGCCCAGGCAGGGCCUGAUGGAGCAGAGCAGCCCCUGGAAGAGCAGCCAGGCACGGAGGAGGAGGAGGGAGCCCUGGGCAGUGGGAGCCUGGGGCAGGGAGGUUCUCCAGAGGUGACCCCAGACAUCCCUGACACAGCCGAGCUGCCCGUGGAGAUCAUGGAAGCCUCGGGGAUUCUGGAAAUAGUUGAGCAGGCGCUGGAGUUCAACCAGGAGCUGAUGGAGGGGAGGGUGGCAGAGGCUGGGCAGGAGGAAGACCCCGAGCUGUCCCGGGAUGAGGAGGAAGGCUCCUCCUUGUCCUCCUCCAGCGAGGAGGAGCCCACAGUGCAGGAGGCCCCGGAGGGAGAGCUCCGGGCUCAGAACGGGCUGCACCGCCCGCCCAGCCUGGAGGAGCUGCCCGAGUUCACCGAGGAGCUGCUGAACGGCACCUCCAGCACGGCCCCGGCACAGGAAACCCCCUCAGAGCCCUCGGGGAUGGUGCCAGUGCAGAUCCCCAGCCCUGGGGAUGGCAGUGCCACCAAGCUGGGGGAUGGCAGCCUCAGGGGGAAGCAGCUGAGCCCCGUGUCCCCUGCUCUGGGCGAGGAGGAUGUCCUGAGCCUCACAGCCCAGCAGCAGCCCUGCUCCUCAGGGGACGAGUGACAGAACCUUCUGGUGGCUCC